CAUUUUCUUAUUACUUUUUUGACUUUCUCUCUCGCUCUUCUUCCCCGUCGGUCCGUCUGCGAAAUACGACCAAUCAUCCCCCAAUUUCCCAAUUCUCAAAACCCUAGCUUUUUGUUUUUCAAUCCGAUUCAGGCCAUUUCCAUCUGUCCAGCUCGCUGUUCAACUUCACCAUCAUCCCCAAAGCUUCCAUCUUACCUCUCCAUGGAUACUUUCCGGGUUCAAUCGGAGCACCAACAGCCCGAGGCGUCGUCGUCCUCGAAUUCGCAAUCCACCGUCACCACCUCCACCUGCCGGACAGAGACGAUCAACGGGUCCCACGAUUUCAAGAUCAAGGGGUAUUCCUUAUCGAAGGGGAUGGGAAUUGGGAAAUACGUCGCGUCUGAAACGUUCACGGUGGGAGGGUAUGAUUGGGCGAUCUAUUUUUACCCGGACGGCAAGAGCACGGAGGAUAAUGCCUCCUAUAUAUCGCUCUUCAUUGCGCUGGCCAGCGAUGCCACCGACGUCCGGGCGCUGUUCGAAUUGACGUUGAUGGAUCAGAGCGGGAACGAAAGGCAUAAGGUCCAUACCCAUUUCGGACGGGUCUUGGAGACUGGGCCUUACACACUCAAGUAUCGCGGUAGUAUGUGGGGCUACAAACGCUUUUUCAGAAGAGCAAUGUUUGAAACAUCGUCCUACCUCAAAGAUGAUUGUAUCUUGAUCAAAUGCACCGUUGGUGUUGUUAGAACGUACACAGAAACGCCAAAGGUUUACUCCAUACCAGUGCCGCCAUCUAACAUUGGAACGCAGUUUGGCCAGCUCCUAGAAAGUGGGGAGGGGAGUGAUAUAAAGUUUGAGGUUGAAGGAGAUACUUUUGCUGCCCACAAGUUGGUGCUUGCUGCGCGUUCGCCUGUGUUCAGGGCCCAGCUCUUUGGUCUGCUGAAGGAAGAGGACACACAAUAUGUUAAAGUUGAAGAAGUGCAAUCUCCGGUUUUUAAGGCAUUGCUCCACUAUAUAUAUUGGGAUGUGCUUCCUGAUUUACAAGAAUUUGUGGGUCUUGAAACUACGGGGGCAGCCACACUGAUGGCACAGCAUUUGCUUGCUGCAGCAGACCGAUAUGGACUUGAGAGGCUGAAAGUGCUAUGUGAGGCUAAACUUACGGAGGGUGUAUCCAUCAAUACAGUUGCCACGACCUUAGCUUUGGCUGAUCAGCAUCAAUGUGUCCAACUGAAAUCUGUUUGUCUGAAAUUCAUUGCUUCAUCUGAAAAUUUGAAAGCUGUGAUGGAGACAGAAGGAUUUGAACACUUAAAGGAGAGCUGCCCUGCUGUCAUCACCGAGCUGCUUAAUUACGUGGCUAAGGUAGGUCCACCACCAGGGACAACCAUUGAGCGGGGUGUAAUCACACUUGAUGGCGGUGAUGUGCAUGGAAGAAGAGUAAAGCAGAGGUUACAGUUACAGGCGUCAUAGUAAUCUGUUGCAGCGACAUCAUUCGGUUACAGCUGACUCGAUCUGUGAUCUUGACUACUAGUGCCAGGACCAAAAAAAGAGGAAAGCAAUUGCCUUUGAGUUAGAAUCUCAUGAUUUCCAUCAUUAGCUCCACGGCUCUCUCCGAAUACAAAAAUGAUGAAAAAGAAAGUGCAAUAUAAUGUACUAAUGGAAGAAUUUGGACCAUUUGGUUUGUAGUUUCUGUUAUAUUGAUACAAAUUCAGUUUCAUAACAUGAAUGCUACGGGAAGUGACCAAAAAUCAAUUGGUUUACUUCACAAUAUGUUUGUGUGCACCAUUCAGUAAAUGUAGUUCCCAUUCUUGGAAA